GUAAAGCUUACGCUCGCAUACAGACUGUACAGUACAGCGACUGCAAUGACGUCCAUAUGUAGUGACAAUUGAAUGAUAACAUUAACAUUGCAUUCAAUCAACAACUACUUAACAACUCUUGUAUUUAGCAUUUGAAUCACAUUUUGGAUGAUUUAUAACUAAAUUGACGUUAAAUACAGUUUUAUAACAAUUAAUACAUUUUCAUCACAAUAAUGACAAUGAGUGAAGAAAAGCCUCCGAUUUGUGCAAACCUUAUAUUCCCGAUACUUAUCCGACCCGUCAUUCAUAAGAUUGAAAGACAUGACCCGAUGGCCGCACAAAUCCUCUUGAAUGCCAUAAUUAAGGCGGAGACCUCAGAACCGGGACUUAUGUUGGAUAUCGUGAACAGUAUUUUGAAGCGAAGAGAUCUUACCGUUAAUAUUACGGAAUCGUUGCUCAAACUUCAGGGACAUAUUCCCGAAUUCGAUGUAAUUGUGACCAUAAAUACAGAUCAAAAGUGCAAACGCUCUGAAGAGCUCUUUCAGGACUUGAAUCGGAAGACGUAUUCACUUAAGAAGAUAUUGAGUCGAAUUCCCGAUGAAAUCAACGACAGGAAGACGUUUCUCGAGACCAUUAAAGAGAUCGCCAGUGCUAUCAAAAAGCUGUUGGAUUGUGUGAAUGAGAUAUCCAACAGUCUUCAGAUCACAUCGCCUUCAGACAAGAGAGCGCUCGAGAAUCGUAAACGAGAAUUCAUUAGAGACUCGAAGAAAUUCAGCCAAACAUUGAAGGAGUUCUUCCGAGAGGGACAAACGCAAACUGUGUUUCAAAGCGCCGCACAACUGAUUUGUGCCACGAAUACAAUCCAAAGAACGGUCAAAACAAAGUUUGAUCCCAAAUGAAGUACCAAAUUGUUGUACAACUAAAUUGAUUGAGUGUUUAAUAUAUUUAUAUAUAAAUAGAUUUAACAAAAAGACUUACUUUCCAUUUAUUAGAAGAUUCCAAGUUAUGGUUAAUCGGAUAAUUGAAAAUAUAU